AUGAUGAAGGGCCUUCCCGACAAGGGCUGGAUGAAGUCUGAGCGAGAUGAGAAGGGCCACUUCAUCAUUGAUUUGUUGGGCAGCGCCAGGAAGGAAGCAGACGACGCCAUGAAUGAGGGCGUUCCCACGGACGGCGAGGAGAGCAGCGACGCCUCGACGGACAAGGACUCGGAGGGGAGUUCGGUGAUGGGGGAGACCGACGACGGCAGCGACUCGUCGGUGCCCGACGCCGACGCCUACUACUUCGAGACCGUCCCGGAGUUCUACGACAUCGGCAGCGACGACGAGGCGCUGACGACCGAGGGUUUCUUAGACAUGGACGCGGACACCUACUCAGACCUGAUCUUGGCCCUAGAGCAAGCGGAGACCGACAUGAAGGACACGCUUAGAGGACCCCGCGAGCGCGUGGUCUGGGAGGUCUUCGUGGACCAAGGGGCGCUGUCGGAGGAGCUGCUGGAGUUCCCGCAGGUCAAGGUGAUCCAGUUCAGGUUGGCCGACGGCUGGGACUUUUCCAAGCCCAACGUGAUUCGCAGCUUCUUGAGUGAGACCGAUGAGGAGAAGCCCGAUGACAUCUUCUCCGAAAAGACGUUCCUCAAGAUGGUUCGGGAUUCGUUUGUGAAGCAGCAGAACGGUGGGCGUCAUGCGCACGUAGAAGGCCCGUGGCAAGGGCUACACUGGCAGACCAAGACCUGGCAGAAGCUGCCCGGAUAUCACUGCCGGCUCGACCAGUGCAGGUUGGGCGCGAAGUUCGAGAUCAAGGGUAAGUUUAUGCCGUACCAGAAGCCCACGCGACUCCAGUCCACGAACAAAGAGUUUGUUCACCACAUGAACCUGAGAUGCAGCUGCACCGAGGAGCACGUGGUUUUGCGCGGCAAGCUUGCCCAGCAGGCUCAAAACUACCCGAGACCGAUGGCGCGAAGGAUGGCCUACUUGAUCGCCUAUCAGGGCAUGGCCGAUGACAUUGAGGAUAUCAACACCGCCGAGGAGGUCUCCAAGGAUAUCGACGCCAUCGAGUGCACCGACGCGAUGCAGGAGCUGAUGAAGCGUUUCAACGUGUCGACGAUCAGGGCGGUCAAGCGCGCUCACAUCAGCCUGGGCCACCCUUCCAACGCGGCACUGGCUACCGCCAUGAAGCACGCGAAGGCCCCGGCCGAGUGGCUCCAGUGCGCCAGGCUCUUCCAGUGUGAAGUGUGCCUGAGCAGACAACGACCUCGAGCAGUGCGCGUAGCUGUGCUGCCGAAGGCUAAUCGGUUCAACGAGGUCGUGAACACCGACGUCUACUACGUCACCUGGAAGAACAAGGAGCGAAAUAUCUUGGCCAUGAUGGAUGAGUUUACGCGCUACGAGGUGGACUACCCGAUCGCGAAGGAAACUUUCAAGAAGGAGGUGCAGCUGUUUCAGAAAUUGUGGAUCAGCUGGGUUGGCAAGCCCGACACCAUGAGGAUGGACAUGGCAGGCUCUCACACGUCAAGAAAGAUGCACCAGUGGAUGAGUAAGCACGACAUCGCGCUCGACCUGAUCCCGAAGGGCGCGCGCCACAAGCUCGGACUCAUGGAGCGCAACCAUGCGGUCAGGAGGGAGCAGCUCAGCAAGUACCACCUGCAGUUUCCCGACGACUCGCUCAAGACCGCGCUCAGGAUGACCGCCAGCCAGCGGAACAUCUUACGCAGCGUGCACGGGUAUUCGCCCGCGACGCUGGUGCUGGGUACACAGCCCAAGGUGCCUGGCGCGCUGUGUGACGAGGACUUCGGCCUGGCGGAGCAGGCCGCGCUGGUCGAUCCCAAGAGCGAGGUGCACGAGAUGAUGGUCAGGCGCGCUGCGGCGGGGACGGCACUCAUCGAGGCCAACUGUUCUCGUGCCGUGCGAGCUGCGCUGUUGGCGCGCAGCAGACCGACACGCCGCGAGUACCAGAUCGGCGAGUGGGUCUACUUCUGGCGACCCGAGAUGUCGACGGGCAUGGAGAAGUGCCACUGGCAUGGCCCGGCGCUGGUGGUGGCGGUGGAGUCGAAGGUCAACGAGGACGACGUGAUGCACGCGUCCGUGGUGUGGGUCACGCACGGGCGGACCAAGGGUACCUGCAGCUUCAGUGACCUCGCCGAGGGGGGCCAGCGGCCCCAGUACGACGACGCCCUGGACGACGUGGGCGCACAGCAGCCCGGCGCCCGGGGACACCCCGAUGGAGAUCCUGUUGGACAAGAACGAGAGGAGCCGAGUGGAGCGGCUGCCACGGCAGCUCCCGAGGCCCACCAGCCAUCUGAGGCCGACGAGGAGGCGGCUCCAGAACCCGCAGCUGCGGGGGCCAGCGCUGCGCGUGAGCGUGGCAACGCCGCGAGGGAGCCGAGCAGAGUCCACAUCGAGGCGAUGGCCAAGAGGAGCAUCGAGGAGGCCGAGAGGCUGGACGGCAUCCCCUUGGCAAAACGCGCCCGCAUGUCGUGGGCCAGGCUCGCACCGCAGCAGGAGGAGUCGUGUCUCAUCGAGGAGGUGGGCGACGAGAUGAUGUUGUUGGAGGAAUCCACAGAGACAGUCUACAUGCUGGCUUUCAAGAGGAAAGUCCCCACCAUCGUGGAGGGCAGGCCCUCGGUGUUCAACAAGAAUGACGGCUGGGAACCCAUCGACGAGGCGGAGGUGGACCCAGCGGCGUGCUGCCCGCUACGCUUCCUGCUGAAGUGGAAGGUGAAGGACGGGCAGCUAGUGGCCAACGCUCGGGUGCUCUACCAAGGUUUCAAGCACCGCGACGUGGCCGAAAGCCAGCUUGACAAGGAGGCGCCCACUUUGAGCAGGCUGGGCCGACACACGGUCAUGCUGUGGGCAUCCUUGAGGAAGUGGAGACUGUUCGCUGCGGAUGUGAAGUCCGCAUUCCUACAGGCCGAGGACGUCAGUGUUCGCGGCAUCAAGCUGUACGCGAGCCCGACGAAGGAGAUGAGGGACAUGCUUGUGCACCAGAUCGGCCUGCAGCCAGGACAGUUGCUGAAGAUGAUCAAGCCUUGUUUUGGGGACCCGCGGUCGCCCAAACUCUGGCACUACCGCUCCGACGAAGUCACGAGGGAGAUCGGGUUCAGGAAUCACUGGCUCGAGGAAUGCUUGCUGCUGUCCUUGCGGGCCGCGCGACCCUCGGACGACCCGUUCGACGUGUGCAGUUUCGACGGCCAGACGUUCGUGGUGGACGGGCUGAUCGGCAAGCACGUGGACGACUUCAUCGGCCGCGGCGAGAACGUGAGUUGCGAGGAUGACCUAUACGCCAAGCUGGACGACACCGAGUGCUUCCAGGCGCGGCUGGGCAUGCUCAACGAGAAGUUCAAGUUCGGCAAGUGGGAGCUCGGACCGAGUCUAGUCUUCACCGGCGGCGAGGUGGAGCAGUUCCUGAGCACCCACGCGAUCACUAUCAAGUUCGAGAAGUACCUGCACGCGGUGAAGCCCAUCACCGUGGAGAAGCACCGGCGGGCAGAUCCCACCAGCGCGCUGUCGCCGAAGGAGCUCACGAAUUUCAGGACCCUGAACGGCCAGCUACAGUGGCCGGCAGCCCAGGGGGUCAUCAUCGCGGCGGCGACCGUCUCGUUCAGAGCCGCAGCGACUGGCCGCGCGACAGUGCAGGACUUGCCGGAUGCGAACAAAGAUUUACGGCUCCUGAAGGCCAACGCGGAUGUGGGACUGUACUUCGGCUUCGACAGGCCGUGGAGUGAGUUGCGCGUUGGAGGCUACUCAGACGCGAGCUGGGCCAGCCGACCUGACGGAAGUUCCCAAGGAGGCUAUCAGAUCUUCGUCGGACCCGAGGACGAGCUCAACGCCGGCACCCCAACACCGUUCGUGGCCAUGGAGUGGGCCUCGAAGAAGCUGGCGCGGUUGUGCAGGAGCUCUCUGUCCGCCGAGGCACAAGCCGCGGCGCUGGAAGCCGACUCGCUGAUGUGGGUGAAGGUCUUUUUGGCCAUGAGUCUGAGGCCUGACCUCGGACAUGACACCGCCAUGACAUACCUCGGAGAGUCGCCGUUCAUCACAGACGCGAAGUGCCUCUACGACGCCUCGCGGUCAGCGACGGCAGGAUUGGGCAUCGCAGAGAAGAGAACAGCCAUCGAGGUGAAUAUCGUGAACGAGCAGCUGGCAGAGGUCAACGCUAGGUGGACGUGGGUGAACACCCAGCAGCAGAUGGCAGACGGACUCACCAAGCUUUCGGCACGCCAGAUGAUGGCGGAUGUGCUACGCCGUGGAGUUCAUGCCUUGCGCUGCGACCCCGACUUCGUGGCCGGCAAGAAGCCCACUAAGCGUGCGAUGGAGCAACGCGAGAAGGAGCUGGACCAGGCAGGAGAAGAGUUGCUCGACACCUUCGAGAAAGAACCCGUGGCGAAGGCGAAGGCUAAGGCCAGGACGCGCCAUUUUGGCGCGAGCGGAGCUCGUUUGGCAGCUACGUUGGCAGCUUCGGGAGCGACUGGCUCUGGAGCUGAGGUGGUGCAGUAUACGCCCAGCGGCGUCGAGCUGUUCCACCCGCCGACCGACGACGGCUGGGACAACCUGCUGGCGAGGUUGGCUAUGUUCGGAUUCCUGACGGCGAUGCUCAUGGCUUUUGGCUGUGGGUUCUGGGUCGGCACCUGCUGGGCGCGCUGGGCUACGACGAGCGCUGAGCAGAAGAGCAUCAAGCUGCGUGAGCCUGAGACCGAGCCGACGGAGAAGCACUACGUCGAGGGGACCGAGAAGAUGACGACCGGUGUGAACACCAAGCAGCCACGCCAGAAGAAGGUGCGCCACAUGAUGUGUCAGGCGCAGUGCCGCUACAACCAGGACACGCAGACGCCAAGGUUCCAGCCGCUGCCCGAGUACGCGCACGGAGUGAUGUGCAUCGAGAUGCACAACUACGCGAGCGCCCACGAGGCGCGGACUUGCUUGCCUGGCGAGAGCGACCGAUCGCCCGGCGUGCUGAAAUAA